CUCCUGUCUCUCUGUUCUUCUCUCCAUCUGAGGGAGCAUGAAAUACUUUUGUUUUCAUUCAUGUGCCAAUCCAGUGGCUCAAAAAGCUUUGAACAUCAGCUCGGAUAAUUGUGGACUUACCAAAGACAGAGGGAUCCACUAGUGACCAAAGCAGUGUGACAUCAUGGCAGAGGCAGAGCCUGAUAAUCCGAACCCAUUGAAGAGUUCUGGGAGCUCUGAAUUCACUCGUCCAAAUUUGGCAGAGGAGAGCAAUCGAGACGAGGAUGAAGGUUUAACCAUGACUGUAAAAGCUAAACAUUCUCUGAACCUGGUUCUGUUUGGAAGACAAAAAGCAGGGAAGACCUCAGCAGUCAAGGCCAUUCUAGGUCAGACAGAUCUUCCUUCAGCCUCCAACUCAUCAGAGUGUGUUAGAAACCAGGGAGAGGUUUGUGGACGUUGGGUUUCUGUGGUGGAGCUGCCUGCAUUGUAUGGAAAAGCUCAGCAGGAAGUGAUGGAGGAAUCAUUCAGGUGUAUCUCCCUCUGUGAUCCUGAGGGUGUCCACGCCUUCAUCCUGGUCCUACGUGUGGGUCCCCUCACUGAUGAAGACAAGGGAGAGUUACAGACCAUCCAGGACACAUUCAGCUCUAGAGUCAAUGACUUCACCAUGAUCCUGUUCACUUUAGAGUCAGAUCCUACAGCUGUAGAUGUUAACGUCAUAGAGACUGAUAGAAACAUCCAGGAGCUCCUUCAGGGCUGUGAAGGAAGAUAUGUUGUUUUCAACGUUAACCAUCCACAGCAGAUACCCCAACUUUUAGGAACUGUGGGAAUGACAAGGAAAUCUGAUACUAACACACACAGUUACACAACAGUAAUGUUUGCAAAUGCCCAAAAGGAAAGACUACUGAAACAACAGAAAGAACUAGAAGAACUAAAGACAGAAAAGAUGGGAAGUGAUAAGAAAAGCACCCCAGAGUGUCUAAGGAUUGUCCUGAUUGGGAAAACCGGGAAUGGAAAGAGUUCAUCAGGAAACACCAUUCUGGGGAAAAAAGUGUUCACAUUUGGAUCAAGUCAAAGAUCAGUAACUAGACGGUGUCAGAAAGAGGAAGGUUUAGUUGACGGUCGCCCUGUUGUGGUUGUUGACACUCCUGGUUUAUUUGGAAACAGUUUGUCCCAUGAAGCAGUCAGUGAGGAGCUGGUGAGAUGCACCAGUCUUCUGGCUCCAGGUCCACAUGUCUUCCUGGUGGUGAUUCCAAUCGGCAGAUUUACAGAAGAGGAGAACGAGACUUUAAAACGCAUCCAUGAGGUGUUUGGUAAAAAUUCAGAAAAUUUCACCAUCAUCCUUUUUACUAGAGGAGAUGAUCUGGAGUAUGAGGAGAAGUCUAUCAAAGAAUAUGUGGAAAAGGAUUGUGAGGAACCCUGCAAGAAGCUGAUCAGAGACUGUGGAGGGAGAUACCAUGUGUUUAAUAACCAUGGGAGAUGGAAUCGAUCACAAGUCAGAGAGCUGAUCAGAAAGAUCGACAUCAUGGUGAGGGAAAAUGGAGGCCGCUAUUACACAAACGAGAUGCUGCAGGAGACUGAAGCUGAGAUACAAAAGAGAAUAGAGAAAAUCCUGAAGGAAAAAGAAGAAGAUAUAAAAAAACUGAAGGAGGAGCUGAAAAGAAACAUUGAAGAAGAAAAAGAAGCAAUGAGAAGAAAAAUGGUCGAACAGAGAGAGGAAAUAGAGAAAGAGAGAAAAGAAUUAGCUGAGCAACUUAAAGAGAUGGAAGAAAACAUCAACAAGAAAAAAGAGCGGAAGAUGAAAAAACAGCAGAUAAGAGAAGAAGAAGAGAAGAAGAGAAAAGAGGAGGAGGAACAACAACAACAACAGUGGGAAACAGAACGACAAACUUUAGAGAAAAAGAUUAAGAUAGAGUCAGAAGGAAAGGAGACAACUGACAGAAAAAUGGAAGAGAUGAAAAAACAGAUGGAAGAAAAACGAGACGCCUGGGAAAAGGAAAGGAAGGAGUGGUGGGAAAAACGACACCGAGAGGAUGAAGAGAGAAGAGAAGAACUGAAGAGGCUUCAAGAGAAGUUCGACAAAGAAAGAGAAAAAUAUGAAAAUAAAAUUAAAAAAUAUGAUCAGGAGAGAAUGGAAAAAGAAUUAGAGGAAAAAUAUCGCAAACAAUUGGAGGAAAUGAAGAAGAAGUUUCUAAAGCAGGCCAGAAAACAGGCUGUAGAAUCCAGCUCUAAGAAAUUUUAUAUGAAUACAAAAGCAGAUCCUUAAAAUAAAAAAAGAAAUGUGAUGGUGAUACAAGACUAAGAAUUGCUGGAAAAAAAUCAAUGUUCCAAAAAAAGAUUAAAACACCAUCAAAUAUAAGAUGUGGACAGACUUAAUAUCCCCCUAUUUGAUCGAUAUUAAGCCAGACUAAUCAAGCUCUUCCAGGAGGAUCCAACACUCUGAACAGGCAGUAUGUGUCAAUUCAACUCAAAUUAAUUAAUAAAAAAAAGGAUUUUUACACUCAGUUAAUCAAAUCAUCCAGACAGUUUUCUAACUACAAGGAGAUCCAGCUGGUUACACUGAGUCAUUGAUUUCCAGCAUUCACUCCUCCUGAAUCAGCAGAUACAGAGCAUGCCUCAAAGAUUCCACACACUAUAGCAGAAUGAGCACCUGGGUUAAUCUGGGUCUGCAUGGUGCUGAUGAUGCUGUAGCUGUUAGCUGUAUGGGGGCCACAGGUGUCUGGUGAACACUCAUUCUGAUGUAAAUAUCUGUAAGCUUUAGUUCAGCUUUAUUUUUAUAUAUUUGAAUUUGUCCAAAAGAACACAGAGGCAAACCUCCAAGAGGUUAAAAUACUAUUAGUUGAUAUCCUUUUUUUAUUCCUUGCCAUCUUACUGAGAACUGUAUGUAUAUAAAUAUCAUUUUAUUUUUAAGACAUAGAGUAGUGUGUUUUGUUUUGUUAUUUUUUAUUUUUUAUUUUUUUCAAAUCAAGCAUCUGCUACUGAAUGUUGAAUGUAUUUCUGAAACUUUGUAUUUCAUCAAAAACUGCUCAUGGAGUGAAACAUUAAUCGAUGCAAGAAAAAAAAAGUAUUAUUCAAUGAGAACUUCUAUACAUUUUUCUUUUGUUUUUAAGAAAUAAUUUACACAAAGGAAAUAUCAAAAUACAAAAA